UCCUUCAAUUCUCCUUCCCAUAGUAAACAACUCACACUCCUUAUCUCCUUCUAUCUCAACACUUUCAAUUAUAAAAGCAUUCUCUCAAACAGUUCCUUCACUCUUUUUUGCUUUCACCAAAAGUUUUGAUGCAGAUUCUCUAAACCAUUAAUUAGCCUUCAAAUUCCACUACUUCCCAUAUAUUAUCCUUACAUUUCUAGACUCAUUAACUUUCUUGAAAAAUGAAAGAUAUAUUCUGUGCAUCCCAAGCUGCAACAGCAAUAUGUCUUAGUAUGGAAGAAGCUUCUUCUUCUUCAGCUUCCUCUUCCACUAUCCAACUCGGCGGCGGCAGCAUUUCCAGUAGCCGCGCUAUUGACCGGUACAACCCCAUAAUCAGGGAUUCGCGACGAACGGGUCCUAAAUCCGUCUCUGCUCCUUGCUCAGCUCACUCACCAAUUUCACCAAAACCUCAGAACAAGAACCGAAAAUCAUCCUCGAAACCGGCUAAAGAAACCAAGAGAAAGGGUUCAAGAAAGCCAUUGAUAAGUAAGGAUGAUGAGAAAAGGAAGAGCAGUGCUGAGGGAAAUGAGAAUAUUAGUAUUAAGACUACAACUAGUAGUAGCUGGAGGUGUACAAAACCUGGUGAAUUUAUAACACCACCUGGUUCUUCUAGGUAUCUUUUGGGUGAGAAAAGUAAUUUGUUGGAUGCUUUAUCAGAUUUUGACCCUGUUCUCAAGUUGGUUCCUAGUAAUUCUGUGGAAGCUGUGAAAACAGAAACAGAUGAAUCUUGUCCUACAAAACCACCACCAUCUUCUGCAUCUGCUAAUCAGGUGGUUGUUCUUAGAGUUUCACUGCACUGUAAAGGAUGUGAAAGGAAGAUGAGGAAACAUAUAUCCAGAAUGCAAGGCGUGACAUCUUUCAACAUAGAUUUUGCUGCGAAGAAGGUAACGGUUAUCGGGGAUGUGACACCAUUAGGGGUUCUUGCAAGCAUUUCAAAGGUGAAGAAUGCACAGCUUAUGACACCAACACUGGCUUCUUCAGUCCCUUCUUCAGCCAAAGUUAAUUUGAGUAAUUCUGAGUUCAUGAAAGAGGUCAAGCAGCAGUUGGUACUGUCUCAUGACAAAAUAGAUAAUAAUGUUCCUCCAAGUCCAACAACUAUUCACCUUAUGUAAAUUUUUGAAAGGUUAUGUGCUUUCGAUAAAGGAAAUUAUAGCCUGGGAUCUUUUUUUUUUAAAUCAUCUUUCUGAUGGAUUUUACAUUGUGGUGCUGGUGAACUUUUUGAUUUUCAUGGAAUUUUUUUUGCUGCCUAC